AUGUUGACCAAAAUACAGGACUUAACACCCUUGGCAUAUCUUUGGCAAGACUUGAACUUUGCACCUUAUGGUGGCCUUAACCCUCCUCACAUUACCCUCGAGACUGAGAUCCUAGUUGUUGUCGAGGGCACACUUUAUGUUGGCUUUGUUACAUCCAACCCAGAUAACCGUCUCUUCACUAAAAUCCUUAAUCCUGGAGAUGUUUUUGUUUUCCCAAUUGGGUUGAUUACUUCCAGUUCAAUUAUAGGGCAAACUAAGGCUGUUGCUUUGCUGGUCUCGGAGCCAAAAUGCUGGGGUUAUCACUAUUGGCUAAUGCAGUCUUUGGCUCAAAACCCACCAAUCAAUCCGGAUGUUCUCACAAAGGCCUUCCAGUUGGACAAGAAUGUGGUUACCUAUCUUCAGUCCCGGUUGGUUGAUAAUGUACCUCCCCAGAGUCCAGUCUCCUCUCUCCUUGUGAUCAUUCUGUCCAAAGCAGGACAUAAUUCUCACUCAAAUGUGAAGAAAUUGUACACAACUGCUUCAUUUAUGUUGCUUUUAGAAAACAGAUCAAGUACUUUCAAGCAUUAA